GAUGCUAGUGCUCCCAACUGAAAUUGCCGGCUUGUCUCCCAGUCUUGUCGGUUCAGGCUCGCAUCGCGCCAGCGAGGAAACCCGCGAUUCGACCGUGGUCGAUACCCGAAACAGACCAUCACACGAAAGAAUAACUACAGCCACUCGCAAUGCGGUACGUAAUGUUGGUCGAACUGGCAGCUUGAACAACUUCACCCAAUUCUUGUGCGGUUUAAUUAUCGGUUGGCAGAGCGAUGAGAAGAAACAGCAGGCGCAGAUCGACUCCGCGGUCAAUGCCGGUAGUGACAAUAAGGACGCCGAUACCCAAGGCGUUAGCGACGCGCAUGGCGAUGCAUCGGAAGUUGGAGGCGAUACAUGGGAGCCUGAGAAUAUGUUUCGUCCCGAUGUCGACCCGUCACCUGGUAGGGCGAGUAGGUGGACGGGUGGAACGCUUCCUUGCAGAGAGUUACGGAUUGGCAUGAUGCGGAGGAGAUAUCUACAGAACACGAAGUGCUGUUGCCCUCAUCAACGGGCCUGUACUAAAGGUGAUCAACAACAGAACGGGGAAAGAGAACAACCAGGAGGGGAGGGAAGCGCCAUGGAACGACGACCCUGGUUGAUAAGCACGAGACCAGAAUCCCCAAGUCACAGGUUGUCGUUCCAACCAUGGUCUCUGUCGCCGCACCCGACAGCAGACAAGUUCUGUAAGCCGUGCCCUUCAGGAGAGCAUAGCUUGUCUGCUCCUACUAGACGAGGAUCCAGAGAACUCCCCUGGGGGGGAAUCCUUAUACGCAACGCGACGGUUUAGCGAGAGUCACUCAACCAGGAAGACGCCUUUUCAUGAGAGUGACGAGGGCAAGGGUAUCGUGCCGAGCUGAGUCCCAGCAGGCACGGAUGGACACGAAAUCAUACGUGUUUACGUACCUACCUGGCCUCGCGCCAUAUGAGGAGGAGCCGACAUCGACGUCCUUAGAUGUGUCUCACGAUAGCAACAAUUGCGCCGCACCUUGAGGAAAUGGAAGAACCCAGAGGCCAUACUCACCUGUGUCAGGCCUCUGCUGAAGAUCAUGCCAGUGGUCGGCCUAGGAUUAUAUCGUGGACUGUGCGUGCUGUUAGUAUCAAUUGUCCGUGAUGGAGACAGGAACACCUACGUGGUUGUUGAUGCUGCCCUCAUCGUUGAGAAAGACUCUACGAUAGCGUGUACAUGGUAGCAUAGGUAUUACCAUCUUCAGCAUUUUACGCCAAUUCUGAAU